CCCCCACUGCACGGGCUCAUGACCCUUCAUCCCCCACUGCAUGGGCUCAUGACCCUUCAUCUCCCACUGCACGUGCUCAUGACCCUUCAUCUCCCACUGCACGUGCCCAUGACCCUUCAUUUCCUGCACAUUUUAGGAUGAAAGGAAAAGGAAUACUUCUCAGUGCCGAUGGCCCUCACAGGAAUGUGCUGAAAAUAAAACCACCCAUGUGCUUCACAGAAGAAGAUGCAAAGUUCAUGGUGGAGCACCUUGAUGGCAUUUUAACAGUUUUAGAAGAAGUCAUGGACUCCAAGAGUGGGAUUGUGAUCUCUGAGAACACAGCUUGCAGAACAAAGAUGCCUAAGGAAGUACAUGUGGAAUUGCCCAACCUCAGUACCACCAAAGCCAGAGAAAUCCACAGCGGAAAGAGAAAUGGUGUAUGCUCAGACCAACAUGCCCUGCUCGGCAAAAGACUCAAGACAUGAGAGCCAAGUGUUAAACAGAGGAUAAAGAUCCAGGGAUACAGAGAGCAAGGGGAUGCCUCUCACCUCUUAGACAUCCUGUAAAUUACAAUCGUCAAUCUGCCUAACUUGUACAUUAAAAGAUGGACUAAUAAUACCAAUAAUCAAAGUGGUAAACUAUGUCAACAUUAGUAAUGGAGCCUCUUGCCUGGUAAUUCAUUGCCUGCAAUUCUGAAGUUAUUUAUUCUUCUAAGUAGAGUUUUCUAUUGCAACGAAGAAGCGGGGCACCUUGCUUCUCGUGAUGCAAUGUUUGAAAUUAGAGAAACAAGUGAAGACUGUUCUUUCACUUCAGAGAGUUAGCAUGCUAAAGUAUUUUUAAUCAUGAGAAAUACUCUAAACAGUCAAUAUAUAAACUAUUAUUUAUAAAUUGUAAUAAAAUAAAAGAUGAUAUAAACAAAAGUGAAGACUAUAAAAUGCAGAGAGCAUUGUAGGUUAUGGUGGAGAAAUCUAAGUCAUUCUGAAAGGAAAUCACAGAGCAGAGAGGAAAAUGGCGAAGAACAGCGGUUGGUAAGAAGCCUGGUUACUUACCAUCCUGUGGGAACUGAAAGGGGACACAUAUACACAGACACACUUGCAUGAGGAUGCUUCUAGAAUGACAGAAGCAGCCAAAUCCCAGCAUUCAGAGUUGGGAACUUUGGUUCUGGCUACUCACAGGCCAUGUCAUCUUGACCAAGUUGCUUACCUACCAGGUAAGAAUGGUCCCUCCUCUGAACAUCUUAUCUUCCCCGAGUUCAUUAUCACCUGCAUCCCACAUAUCCUAAAUUAGCUCUGUCUGACCUGUAUCUCUCCAUCGCCUUCCUACUAGUUGUUAAACUUGCUGGUUUGUUCCUAUUCCAUGAAGAAGAAACAGUAACUUUUCUAUGCCUGUUUACUGCUAACUGAGUGAGAUGUCUUCUUGGGAGUAUGAGCCUGUUCUUUGGAUAAUAGUAUUUUAGGGGACCCCUUAUCUGUGGGUAGCACAUGUGGAAGACCUUGAAUUGUGGUACUGAGAGUCUGUUUAAAACAAAAACAAACAAAAAAACAACAAAAGACAAGGCAAACUAAAGAACCAUAAAGUGUUAAUUCCUAAUGGAACAAACCACUGGUCCUAGUGGAAAAAAAAGGGCGGCCUCUGUAGUAAGCUUUCCACAAGUUGCUGGUUGCCUCUUCAAAGAGUAGUAUAAUUAUCAGGGGCUCAACGUUGUAUUCUGCUUCAAUCAGCCUGGGUAUUAAUAAGGGCAUUGGCAAAUUGGUCUUAACAAGGAGGAGCCUAGGCUGCUGGCCCACUUGUUGCCUUCAUCUCCACCUCCACAUGCCUGCUGCUCAUGACACCAUCAUCAUUUGCCUGCUUGAAUGGCCAGUGUGAUGUCUGUAGUGGAUGCUUCUGGUAGGCAGUAAAAGGUGAAACAAAAAAAUCGUAGCAUGGAGUAUUCAUGCAAUAUAGCCCUUUCCAUGCCUGUGACCCAUAUCUCUUUUGUUCUAGUACUUUCGUGUUCCUGGACAACUAACUAGACCACUUAUGCACUCCUAUCAUUUCUUCCAUGCAAGGCAGAUGCCCACACACACCACUCAGAGCUCUGCCUCCAGGAAACUUUUCCAUAGCCACUCUUUCAAGACCUCAUUGAGAAUAACUAUAAAGCAGCCAGCAGGCAGUGUCAGAAAUGGCAGAUCUUUGAGUUUAUCCCGUUAUCUUAACCAAAUGUGUCUUCCCAGUGCCACCAGCAUACUGUUAUCUUCUGAGGGGAGCAUCUCUGGCACAUCCAGCUGCAUCAGCUUAGGGGUAUCAGCAAUGGAUCACCAGGAUGUUCUGCAAAGUACCCAGAUGGUCCAACCCUAAGUUAUAACAGCCUAAGUUAUAACAAAGGGCAUAAUAAAUAAAUAAAUAAGAAUAAACCUGAUUCCAGGGCACAUUGUAAUCCUUGAGAUGAAGAAGUAGACCCAAAACAAAUCCUGGGGCUCAGUGGCUAGCCAGUCUAGCUGAAUUGGUGAAGUCCAAGUUCAUCGACAGACUCAAAUCUGUGACUCCAGUUCCAGAGAUCCAAUGCCCUCUUCUGGCCUCCAGGGGCACUGCAGGCUUGUGAUACGUAUAUAUGCAAGUACUUGUACAUGCACAUAAAAAUAAGCAAAUCUUUGAGAAAAAUUAAAGUGAUGAACAAUGGAAAAAAUAUUGGCCUAUACACACACACACACACACAGAGAGUCCUUUGGAUUUUUAAGAGAGAUAUUAAUGCCUUUCAUUGUUUUAUGUAGGCUGAGUAAAGAAAAAAUGUGUGUGGAGGGAAAGCUUUAGGGUUCCCAGAUGGCCUUUUGCACUGUAGAAACGUGUAUUCUACAAGCCAAGGAAACUAUGGUCAACACAAAACCUUCCCAGUAUUUAUUCCUUAAAUGUCAUGUAUAAUUUACUACGUGGUCACCUGUACUUCCUCUGUAGCAAGGUCUUAUGUUAGAAACUCAACUGAUUUCUCACUGUAGUGUGUUCUGCAUGUAAUCACUCUUGGAAAUUUUUGAGAUAUGUUAUAUGGCCUAUGAUCUGUUUUGUUUUUUAAAAUACCACAUACAUUUUGAAAGGAGGUAAAUUCUGAAAUACUCUAAAUGCGACACAGAAGCCAAUUUUUAGAGUCAAGUUUGUAGUGUAUCAAGUGUGUGGUGAAGAUUUUGAUCACGUUAUUGAGAGAUGUGAAUAAAAUUUUCCCACAAUGCA